AUGCAACUCGAGAAGCAUAUAAAUGUCGAUCUCGCGACGGGCAAGAGCACACAAAAACUUUCACAGCUAACAAUGAAAGCCGUCUUUGUCCUUUUCGCCGUUCUGGCCGCCGUUGUUGUUGCUGUUAGGGCCGAUGCCGGUCGCUCCGCCUGCAAGGAUGAGUCGGAGAUCGGGCAAACGUAUACGCAUCACUUCGAUCCGGCCAAGUAUUGGCUGUGCGAGACUCUGGACAAGCCGGCCACCGAGAUGGACUGUCCCCACGGAUUGGCCUAUAUGCAUCUGCUCAAGGAGUGCAUACCCUGGGCCAGUUACAUCUGGAAGAAGCCCGAGAUGCCGCCAACGGUUGCCUAA